AUGGUAUUAAGAGGUAGAGCAGGUUCAAUGACACCUCAAGUCAAUUUUAAUAAAUUAAGUGGUAGUGGUAAUAUUGAAGAAAGAAAUAAUAAUCAAUCAUCAUCACAAUCACAAUCAUCACCAUCACCAUCACAAUCACCAUCACUACAACAAAAUCAAUUAAAUAGUAGUAAUGGAAUGAAUAAUAAAGUUAAAAAUUUACUUGAUUUGGAAAAUUAUUAUAAAUCUAUAAAAAAGAAUAUUACAGAGAAUCAAUUUGAAUUUUCAAUUAAAAAAAAAGAAAAAAAUAGGACAUUAUUAGUUAAUUUAAAAGAUAAAAGUUUGACAAUUUUUAAAUUAUCAAAACGUGGGAAUAAAAAAAAUAUAAAGAAAUAUUUAAUUUCUGAAAUUGAAAAAAUUACAAAAGAUAAAAAAGAUAAUAAAGAAUUAAUAGUUUUUAGAAGGAGUAAAAAAAAAGAAAUGAAAUUAUAUUUUUUAAAUACAGAAAGAAGAGAAUGUUUUUAUGAAUUAAUAUGGAUGACAUGGAAUAAUAAAAUUAUGCCACCAACACCAUUAAGUGGCGAAGAAGAUGUUGAGGAAAAAGCUCAAUAUGAAAAGAUUAGUAUAUUUAUUUCAACCUGGAAUAUGGGUGAUGCGCCACCACCAAUUAAUGAAGGUUUAUUAAAUAGUUGGAUACCAAAAUCAAAACCAUAUGAUUUAUAUGUUAUUGGUGUUCAAGAAUGUGAAUAUACUCCAUUAAAAUCAAAACAUAAACAAACCCAAUUAAAUCAACCACAACAACAACCUCAACCACAACCCCAACAGGCACAAGCACAACAACAACCACAACAACAAAAUCAAUCACAACAACAAUAUUCAGAAUGUCAAGAAGAUUGGUUUGGUACAUUAUCAGAACAUUUAGGACAUGAUUAUUAUAAAGUUGAAAGUACAUCAUUAGUUAAAAUGAGAAUUAUUAUAUUUGCAAAGAAACAACAUUAUUAUAAGAUUAAUUAUAUUGAGAAAGCAUCAAUUGGUACAGGUAUUGGUAAUAUGUAUGGUAAUAAAGGUGGAACAUGUAUAUCAUUGUCAUGGUGGGAAACAUCAUUUUGUUUUAUGUCUUCACAUUUUGCAGCACAUCAAGAAAAGAUUGAACAAAGAAAUUCAAAUUAUAAAGAUAUCAUCAAAGGCAUUAAAAUUGGUAAUAAGGAAUUGGACAUUUUAAAUCAAUAUAAUUAUGUAUUUUGGAUGGGUGAUUUAAACUAUCGUAUUGGUGGUGGCUUAUUUAGAGAGGAGGUGCUAAUGCAUAUAAAGAGUAAAAACAUUAGAAAACUAUUACAACACGAUCAAUUGAAUCAACAAAGAAAUCAAGAGAAAGUUUUCAUAGGCUUUAAAGAAGAGCCAGUCGGAUUCCUCCCAACUUAUAAAACCCUCAGAGGAGUGGAGAAUCAAUACACCGAGGAGAAGCAACGUAUACCCAGUUGGUGUGAUCGUAUUCUCCAUAAGAAGCUACCCUACUCUCAUGAUAUCAUUUGCUUGGAAUACAACUCUGCCAAUAGGAUCACUACUAGUGAUCAUGUGCCAGUGUAUGGGGUCUAUGAAUCGUACGUUAGAAUGCCCUGUUCGCCCAAUAGUAGCAGUUGCUCCAAUGUUAAGAAACAAAUUUGUCAAAUCCUAUUCAACGAUUUACGUGCAGAGUGUUUGGAUAUGGUUGACAAUGAGGAGAGGGCACCCGAUGCCUAUAUCGUUUUCAAUUCCUCUGCUUUCAUAGCCACCGAAAUCACUACCCCUCAUGCCUACAAAAAUAGAAAUCCAAUUUGGGGCGAUUUACCACCAAUCACUCCAAUCAUUGAAAGACAAAACUUUUUAGAAACUCAACAUCUCUUUCUUACAUUUUAUCACGAUGAUAAAUCCAUUGGUCAUGCUGCAGUUCCUCUGGGUAUUGGCUUUCAAAAGGAACCUUUUGCUUUUAAAACUAGAAUCACUAGAAAUGGUUUACCAGCUGGUACCCUAUUUGGUUCAAUUCAUAUUGUUUAUCAACAAAUUUCUGAUUCAAAAUUAAAAAUCUCUCCAAAUCUAUUAGGUAAAUCAACUCCUGAUACUUUUAAAUUUUAUCAACAAUCAUUACCUUUACCAAUACCACAAAUUAAUAAUAAUAAUAAUAAUAAUAAUAAUAAUAAUAAUAAUAAUAAUAAUAAUAAUAAUAAUAAUAAUACUAGUGUUGGCGGUAGUGGCAGUAGUGCUAAUAAUUCAACUCCACCAUUACCACCAAAAAAUUAUUUAAAUAAUAAUAAUAAUUCAAAUAAUAACAAUUCAAGUAAUAAUAAUAAUAAUAAUAAUAAUAAUAAUAUUGGUUAUACUAAUAAUGCCAAUAUUAAUAAUAAUGGUUCUGCAGUAUCUGAACCAAAUUCAAAUACUUCAACACCAAUACUAACCCCAAUUAAAAAUUACCAACAACCUCAACCAUCUCUACAAUCUCAACAAUUACCACCACAACCAACUACAACAACUACAACAACUACCACGACUACAACUACAACAACGACCACUACUCAAACAAUUAAACCAUUACCAAAUAAUCAACCAGUUCAACUUAGAGAAUAUCUUUCUCGUGGUUUAUCAACUGCAAGUAUAGAGUUGGAUGAUUUGACAAUGAAUGAUAAUGCUAUCAUUCAAUCGCAAUCAUCAAUUUCAACUUCAUCUGUAACAACAAUUAACGAUAAUAAUAAUAAUAACAAUAAUACCAGUAAUAAUACCAGUAAUAAUAGUAAUAAUGCUGAUGGUGUUGAUGAUAAUAUUCGUCCUCCAUUAGAAAGACAAUCUAGUCAAUUAAGAAGAAGUGUAUAA